CUUGCCAUUAAUCAAAACUGAUGUUUAAAGAGGAAGGUCAAGGAGUGGCUUAAAACUGCAAUUUACUUUUUAUGUAAUCUCUUCAGCGGGGCAUGGCAAGGUCAGACAACUCCACAUUCUCCUGAUUACAGGCUAAUCAACUGCAACCAUUCAACGCUGAGCAAAACAAAAGGCAAACACCCUUGAAUACAUUAAUUUAAAACCAGGGGCCCACUUCAACUUAUUUUUAUCAUCUGUAGCGUUUGUCACCAAUCUCAAUCAUUAUGUAACAAGGUGAAUGGCUCUUUUAUACUCCCACUGAGCUGCAGCACAAUAAUGUGGGCUCCAACCAGGAGCUGAAUUUGUCUAGCAUGAACCAAAGAGAUAUUUCACAUUUAAAGACUUCAUGAGAGGAAGCACAAACCGGAGGUGGCAAUAUGGACGUGCACACUUCCUGGAACGAAACAACCGCGUACUAUGAGACUCGCAUGGAUAGGAUGUUUUUCAUAUUCAACUGCAUAGUCUUAACUUUAACAUUAGUCUUGGGUUUACCUGGGAACUUGUGGGUUUGUUGGGUUGUUUUCAGGACCAAGAGUCUGCAAACCUUUAAUAACGCCCUGCUGGUCAGUUUGGCUGCCAGUGACCUCCUGAAGUGCUCUGUGGACACGCCGCUGCUGCUCUUCUCUUUUCUGCAUUACGGGAAGGGCAGCCAGGUGUCUGUGUCUGUGUGCACCCUGCAGCAGUUCACCUAUGCCCUGUGCAGCUGCGUCCAGCUGCUCACGCUGGUCAGCAUCAGCGUUGAGCGCUUCCAAGCCAUCGCGUUUCCUUUCCAAACAGAGAGGAGGAAAGCGAGGGUCCGUCUCUGGAUCCUGUCCAUCUGGGCAUGUGGCUUCAUCCUGGCUGUAAUCUCUCUGACCCUUUCCAAAAAAGCGCUUUUUUACAUGCUGUGCCGUCCACACCUCGGGGAUCAUGGGGACGAGCGUACUCAAUAUUCGGAUCCAUUUGGACCCUACGUGUUGGUCCCGGUGUGGGGAUUGUCUCUGACUGUGAUUGUUAUCCACUACGUGCGGAUAUACAAAGUUGUAAGGAAGCACAGAAAGAAAGUGUUUAGUAGGGGAGUCCAGCUGAGGCCGACUGUGUCGAAACACGUCUGGCUGAAUGUCCCUGCUUCAGCACCAUGGACAGCUCCGCUGGGCUUCUUCAGCCCGCUGCCUCUCCGCCGGACGGUGCUCUUGGUGGCCGAAGCCAAUGCUCCCUGUGCGGGCCCGUCCACAGGAGGCGACCCGGGCGGACCUCCAGAGAUUGUGGGGGCAGUGUGUCUUCUGACACCCUGGGCUAGAGAGCGGGGGAAGAAACGGAUGGAGGGCAAGCUGGCCCAGCGUUUUGGGUACAUCAUCAUUGCAUUCACGCUUUUCUGGGUGCCCAUGGUGGUUAUUUUGCUAUUGAACGUCGUCUCGUGGCAGAACACGGACAAAUUGAUGAUGGAGCUGGAGACAUCUGCUAUGGUGCUGACCUGUAUGCAGGCUGCAGUAGAUCCUCUCAUCUAUACUUUAGUCACCAGACAGUUUCGCUCUGAACUCAGCAAGAUCCUCUCCGCCAUCCCAAGGUGUCCCCUAAAACAGAGGGCCUGA